AUGAAGCUGAAGCCAUCCCUGUUGUUGCUGCUUCUCACCUGCACAGCUCUUAGCUCCAAAUCCCACCCGAACGAUGAAACCUGCCUAACCUCUUUGAAACAAUCCCUCAAAGACCCAACAAACUCGCUCCAAAACUGGACCAAACCCAAUUUCGCCAACCCAUGUUCCGGUUUCACUUCCUACCUCCCGGGCGCCACCUGCAACAAUGGCAGAAUCUACAAGCUCUCCCUCACAAAUCUCGCGUUACAGGGCUCCAUCUCGCCGUUCCUCUCCAACUGCACGAAUCUCCAGUCCCUCGAUUUGUCCUCCAACUCGAUCUCGGGCCCUCUUCCGACGGAUUUGCAGUACCUGGUCAACCUAGCGGUGCUCAAUCUCUCUGCCAACAGCCUGGAAGGAGAGAUCCCGCAGCAGAUUGCAAUGUGUGCCUACUUGAACGUGAUCGAUUUGCACGAGAAUUUGCUCACGGGUCUAAUCCCGCAGCAGCUGGGGCUGUUGGUGAGGCUGUCAGCGUUUGAUGUGAGUAAUAACAAGCUGUCGGGCCCAAUCCCAGCCUCGUUGGGGAAUAGGAGUGCGAAUUUGCCGAGAUUCAAUGCUACUUCCUUCCAAGGCAACAAGGAUCUUUAUGGGUACCCUUUGCCUCCUAUGAAGAGUAAGAGUUUGUCGGUCUUGGCCAUUGUUGGGAUCGGCUUGGGGAGUGGGCUGGCGAGCUUGGUGCUCAGCUUUGCCGGGGUUUGUAUAUGGUUGAAGAUCAGUGAGCAGAAGAUGGCGCUUGAAGAAGGCAAGAUCACCCAGCUUAUGCCUGAGUAUUGA